AUGAUGGCCAGCGAGCUUGACAUCUCAUAUUCCAGACCUCGUCAUGUUAUGAGUGUUGAAAAAAAUGUCAGAUUAGUAUUUCACAAGUACGACAAACAAAAAUUGAGGUUACCGAGCAUUCCGGUUAGUAACAACACCCACACAUGCCAGUCAAGUGGUGAUACGUAUGACAUGGGAGCUAAGACUCCUGAAGUUAUCCGCCACAAUCUCGUCCCGACUCCAAAACACCAGCUCACAAUGAACAGACGUUUCGAACAAUAUCCAACUGACCAUCGUCUCUCAUAUGUCGCAUCCACAAACCUCACAGGGGUUCCACAGCUGCUUAGUAAUACUGCAAAAACGAGUAACCAACAAUCAAGCACCUUACAGUUUAAACUUCCAAGACUCCGUUUGCGACAUAUAAGACAACCCAGCCGAACUGCUAUUUGGCAAGGUGGUGCGGUAACAUCUUCACAGUUAAUCCCGACUUACCUGCAAAACUCUACGCGACAAAUUCCCUACGCCACUCUGGUUGGACAUUCUGUUCACCGGGAAUGUCAUCCAAACAGUCAGAAUCAGCGGGAAUUACCUUGCAUUCUCGACCCGACACUCAUUGAGACCGAAAAACACACUGAAAGCCCGACUGAUUAUUUUAAACCGGCGUUUAAUCAAUCCGAUUCGAAAGUGAACAAUUCUGGUGUUAUACAUCUAAGUUACAGCGUUGGAGAGUUCGCUUAUUUACCAUGCCGUACGCUCGGAGCUGGCCAGACAGAACUGCCAUGUUACCGAGGGAUACUGCCAGGUUGCCCAAGCCUAGACAGGGGAAGUCGAGAGGCGGAGGUCGGGUUCGAACUACGAACCUUCCGGUCAGUAAAUUCGCGCUCUAACCAGCUGAGCCAUCUCGCCCCCAUGUCACACACACAAGAGUACCUGGAUCAGAAAACUUCGAAGAACGUUGUUUUAUACCAUCAAAUUCUGGUUAUGCUGAGGUGCCAUGAACUCUUUACACAGGACAUUCUGAACAGG